AUGAAUCUGGAAGGUAUGAAAUAUGCCGAUCUACAAAAGUUGGCUAAAUCUUACGGGAUAAAAGGCAAUCAAAAAGAAAAAUAUUGUACAUAUUCAAUUGUUAUUGUUGGUAAACCAUUACCCGCCAUAGGCCAGACAUACGUUUCGUCUCUCACGGGACUCAGCGACAAGUUGAUAGAAGCCCUGAAAAAAAUUUUUGACAUUGAUAACUGUAAAAACUCAGCAUCUUCCAACAAUGACCAAGAAGAUAAAGGCAAUGCUUUGCAGGAAGUGAGCAAGUGCAUCGGUGAAAACGUGCCUCCCUCAAAUGGUGAUAUCUGUGCUGUCUUCAGUAAGUGCUCAACUCUCAAUGCCUCUAAUGAUCUUAACUCAAAAGAAAAUGAAAUCAAAAAAGAAAAUAAGAUUAAAUCCACGGUUAAACGUAAGACAUUUGAUUCUGAUGAGACGUGUGCAGAGCAUAAAAAAGAUCCCUGCAUUGUCAAAGACAACCAAAUUGGUUCAGUAAGUGCAGAAAUAGUUGAAGUUGAGAUGCAAAUCAGUGCUAAGCGUGGAAGAAUGUCUAAAGAUGAUACAGCAAAGACUUCAAUCAAUCAAAACUGUGGUGAAGUUCUUGAUGGUGAAAACAAUAGAGAUGAUGACAAUGAUCUGCCAAUGAAAAAGAAAUUGAGAUCAUCAUAUGACAAAAAGCCUUCUAAUGGCUUGCCCACAGCCUUGCCUGACACCUUGACCUAUCAACAACACCUUUUCGUCUCUAAUUUAUAUUUGCUCUAUUAUCAAAAUCUUAAACCGUCAGCCUUCAAAAGAGUGCACCUAAAAAGUAACAUAGAUGGUAGCGCUGUAUCUCGCAGACACAUGUUUUGUUUGGUGCAUGCAUACAGUUUUGAAUUAAAUAUUAUCAGAAUAAAACAUGACAUUCCAUUGUGCUGUUAA